CGGGCGAGGCAUACGACUCUAUUCCAAUAACUUGAGCUAGACAAGCUACGCUAAUUAUCUCAACCCUCACUUUCUCUCAAUUAAGACUAGAGCUGCGAUGAUGAUGAAUGAUUUUGUCUCUUAACUCAUGUUUCGGCCCAAGCCAACGGUACUCGUCAAAGCCAUUGCGUGGAGCAUUUCACGUCUCUACCAGGGAGCCGUGUCUGCCAGUUACUGAACGCGGGUGAAAGUUGUCGACAUUUGGGACUGGUCUUCCUCAAAUUCUAUCGCGGAACUGAACGAAACUGGAACAAACGUGGUUGUCAUCUCUUUACAUCGAACUUCUAGUGCCCAUUCUAAAUCCAACCCUGAACCCUGCUACUCACCUACUGCCUUCUUAGCAAGGAACCUUACCGUCAACAUGGAGGCCCUUUUGUCACAACUACUGGCGUUUCCUCCACAUCCGCCCCCAACGCAGCCUUUACCAGAUGCAGAAUAUGAAAAGCAGAUCAAGACUAUACUCCAGAUCCUCAACCAGACACCAGCAAAUCUACUUCUAGGAGGGGUCGCUGGCGGCGGCGACCUGCUCAACGUUUUCGUUCCUUCUAGACACACGAUACCUUACCUUUACACUCUCCUCGCUCAUAUCCAUGCUGUUGCAUUAAGCCCAGAGGAUAGCGCGCGGCCUGGCGUAUCUCUGGUCCUGCCUGAUUGGAAACUCUGGCCGAAAAUCGUCGAGUUUUUGGAGCAAUUCGAUCCCAUACAGGUGCGAUAUGCCGGGCUGGAGUGGCGCAGAGUGUUGGAGACGGCCACAAAUACUGCUAUCUACUGGAACAAUCCUGCGAUGGCCAUUGAUCCAGUUCAGACAGCCAUUCUCCGGCUCGAUCCAACAGCCUCAACCUAUACGUCUAAUCACAAUCUCUUCGCACAGCUCUGCUUACUGGGUGGAUCAUAUCCGCCAGCCCUUCCCGUCAUUGAUAACAUAAUAAGACACUUCCCGGAUACGCCAGAAGACUAUAUCCCUUCAGUCUCUAUUCAGGCUUCCAUAAAUGAAAUUCGGCCUGGCGCCCUUCUUACGAUUACGACCGGCUCUGGUCUGACUGGGGCAGUGACUUACCAAGAGUUUUUACAAUAUAGUCUUUGGUGUGCGCAGAUCUACAUUGGGCUUCGACAAUGGGAAAAGGCUGAGAUAACUCUCGCUUCCAUCAUCAUGGCACCGGUUGACAAUGCUGUGAGCAAUUUGAUGGUAAUAGCAUACAAGAGAUGGGUUCUAGUUCGUCUACUAUCGGGCGGAGAUGCCAAGACAAUGCCAAGAGCUACCUCGCAUCUUGCAGCGAAAGCCUAUAGAGCUGCAGCCAGGCAUUACGAUGUCCUGGUCGACACCUAUUUCAAGGGUUCCAUAGAUGAGCUGAUAGCUGAAAUUGAGGCGGGAAAGGAGAUAUGGCAAACGGACUCCAACGAAGGGCUCACCCUCGAGCUUCUCGAGUCGCGCAGGCGCUAUGCAAUCAUCAAACUGGAGGAAAUUUAUUCUGCAUUAUCGCUCGAAGAAGUCGGCCAGCUCACCUCUGCUCUUCCAGCUGAUCCAGCUAGAGCGCAAGAGUACAUUUUGUCCCUUAUCAGAGACCGCCAUCUCAACGCCUCACUUGAAUGUCGAGAUAGCAAACCCCCGGCCACAUCGAAUGACGGACUUGAACUGAAGCAACCGUCAAACACAGUGCUAUGCUUUGCGUCUGACUCAACGACUGGCCCGCUCGCCGUGUCUGAAGAAGAGCAGUUUCAAGAGCUUCAGGAGACCACUGCUCGAGUUCUCGCGCUGGCAGAUCAGGUCAAGGAAAUGGAUGUACGCAUGAGCUUGCGAAAGGACUUUGUUGAUUUUUCGCGCAGAUCCAGAAGAGGUAUGGGUACCAAGGAUCAGCCAGGUUCUGGCCCAGAACCGCCUUGGGAAGAGAUGCCCAUGGAUGAGGAUCUAAUGGAGGAGUACUAGCGAGCACGAAGCAAACAUAGGUCUCUUUGUCUUUACUAAAAUGCAUUACACUAGCAUAUUACCAGCGGAGCCCUGGAAAUCAAUUUCAUUUUAUUUUAUUUCACCUUAAGCUCC